AUGUUGGUUACUUCAUUAUUCGUGAUAACAUCCACAUUUCUGCUUUCUCCCCGAUCUCUCCGCUACUGUUUAAUGGCUAGCAAGAUAGAUCAUGAUUACGAUUACUUACUCAAGAUCGUCUUAAUUGGCGACUCCGGCGUCGGGAAAACCAAUAUUUUGUCGAGGUUUACCAGGAACGAGUUCUUCCUCGAGUCCAAAGCCACCAUUGGCGUCGAAUUUGCUACCAGAACUCUCCAGGUUGAGGGAAAAACAAUAAAGGCACAGAUAUGGGACACAGCAGGGCAGGAAAGGUACAGAGCGAUUACAAGUGCUUAUUAUCGAGGUGCAGUUGGAGCUCUUCUUGUGUACGACAUAACUAAGAAGCCAACUUUUGAUAAUGUCCAGCGGUGGUUGACUGAGCUGAGAAACCACGCCGACGCCAAUAUUGUUGUCAUGAUGGCUGGAAACAAAUCCGAUCUGGAGCAUCUCCGAGCAGUGGAUGAGCAAGAUGGCAAAUCAUUUGCAGAAAAAGAAGGCCUUUCUUUUCUCGAAACAUCAGCACUUGAAUCAUAUAACAUCGAGAAAGCAUUUCAAACUGUUUUGACUGAAAUCUAUCACAUCAUUAGCAAAAAAGCAUUAGCAACCCAAGAAGCAGUCGGUGGUGCACCUGGAAAAGGGACCACCAUUAAUGUCGGUGACUCUGUCUCCUCAUCUGCCACCACAAAGAGCUGUUGUUCAUCUUGAGAGCCUAGAUUCGGUAUUUUUAGUUCUUGCUUCUUGUUCAUUUACAUAAAGGAAAUAGUGUGAAACUGUGAAUUGUGAAAGUGUAUGUUUUAAGGAU